AUGCUUCUAUUUUCUUCUACUCUCUCAAUCUUUUCCGUUGAAGCAGAAGAAGAUCUGGUUGAUGGAGCUGGAAAGAAACAGCGAGAAGAUGCUAAGAACGAAAUUGUAACCAAUCUUCAAGUGAAAGAGGAGGAGAUGGAGACCACGGAAUUUCAAUUGCCAACUAAAGAGGUUGAUAAACAUGUGGUGGUGGAACUAACUAAAGCCCUUGUUGCAGCUUUGGUGAAUGAUACAAUUGGUACAUUAGCUGGAGGCAAAUACUUCAACCAUGAUGCUGCAGUUGCAGUUAUUUUGGGAACUGGAACAAAUGCAGCAUAUGUAGAGGGCGCACAAGACAUUCCUAUGUGGCAUGGUCUCCUACCUAAACCAAGAGAUGUAUUAUGUACCCUUCACUGUUAUCACUCCUUAGAAAAUUUAUCCUACUUCGGAUAUGCUAAGUGAUCAAUUUAAUCAGUUAAAACAUCUAAAUAAAGCAAAGCAUGCAUCUGGCAGUUAAAAGAAA